AGCAUUGAGCCAUAGCAGUUCAAGUGUAGGACACUAUUUGUCCUACAGAUGCACCAAAGAGCUGGCAAACUGCAUUAAUUCUACAAUGUAAAUAAACCCCAUGAAAAUCUUGGCCCAUUAGUUUGUGCUAAUGUAUGCUUCAAAUCAAGUUGGAUGUGGAAAAUAUUGUUAUAGUUAUGGGACUUAUGUUUACGAUGCUUUAGGUCAACCAUGAAAAUCAUGGUGCUUUAUAAAAACAUUUCCUGGAGGGGAUGUGGUGAAGGCUCAUGGCUUGCUUCAUUAAAAAAGGAAAUGUCUGCUCUCCUGAAACAACAGUGUCUUCCCUGCUAGCAAACGGUAGUCUUCAUAGCAGCAACAGCAGCAGCUCCCUCAAUGCCCACAGCUCCAUUCAGUACAAGGACAAGUUGUACAGGUCUGCAUCUCAAGCUCUAGAGGCAUACAUUGAAGAUUUUGAUCGAAGUCUUGUCUCACCGAAUCAAAGGCCAGGGAAAAUCUGGAUUACUCAGAGUACUCUCAAAGACGCCAGUUCUUUGGAGGACAAUGUCAAGCACAAAUAUGAUAAUUUAAAGCACCAUGCAACAUCAGGUUCAGCUGCUCCACAUCUACGAAGAAAAACAGCAUACGAGCUUGAUCUGCUCAGUCUCACUACAGAUGACCUUCUGACAUUCCCUGCCGAUGGUUCUGCACCUUUCACCCAGUCUUCUGCUUUUAGGUCAGGUCCUCUGCGCAGCAACCUGAACAGAACGUCACUGGUAACUUCAGCUUCCUGUUUUCCUCACCGGACUUCAUCCUUUGGCAAUAAAGAAUUUAAUUUUCGAGAAAAACCUGUUUCCUCUUUGCAUACAGACUCUAAUGGAAAACCGUUUGCAUGUCACAAAUAUGAUUCUGGACUUCUUGAGAAGGAUCCUCAAAUAGAACAAGAGUUUGUUUCUCAUAACAACUAUCCAAGGUGGUUCACAAGUCAGAAAUCCGAUUUGCAUAUUUCAGGGCUAAGCAGUAUUCCUGAUAUUAAGUAUCCAACCUGGCUGAAGAGUCAUAAUCUUUUGUCAGAUUCAAGCAAUGAAAGUUCUACCCUGCCACACGUUGAGGAGAAUAAUCCCACAUCUGUGCAAGAUAAGAAGAAACAGUUACGGAAUCAAACUCAAAAUCGAUCAAACAUUUUUGGCAAUAAUUUAUUAGACAUGGAAUAUAAGCAAGAUGUUAAAAACAGCUGCCAAUAUGAUGCUCCGGGUGUUUGUUUCAUACCUCGGGCCUCAAAAAAACACAUGCCUCUACUUAAAGAUGAUGAUGUUGACAUACUACUUCACAAGGCAUGGAAAACUCUAGAAUCAUCUGCUGAGGAAUUAACUAGUGCCCUGAAAAAUGAUGGGAGUCCUUGUACAGUGGAUGUGCUGGAAGGAGAGAGGUCAUGGGAUAAUGGCCCGGUUGGUUUGAAAUCUCCAGUGCCUGUGUGCUGUGAGGAGGAGAAGUCUCUUCAAGGUCCCAAAGCAGGUAUUGUGAAAGGGUUUUUGGAAGAUUGUUUAAAGAACAGCAGCCAGGAGAGUACAUUUUCUGGAGGGAAUCAUCAUGGGCCUGUGGAAGCUUUGAAGCUGAUGCUAUUUAAUCUUCAAGCAGUUCAACAUAGCUUUAACCAGAACAAAACUACUGGACAAAAUGAGGAGUUUAAAAAAAUCUUUGAUGAUGGUGUGGAAUUUGAUGAUGAUGAUACCAUCCCUGUAAGACAGUCUCUUCAGAGGGCUUUGCAUCAUCUAUCUCGGCUUAAAGGCCUGGUUGAAGAUACAGAUUACAAAGAAGAAGAAAUAGAACUUGCCAAAACCUGAAGCAUAGAUUCUCAGAACUCUGUGUGUUAGGUAAAUGUAGCAUCACUAAUGCCAUUGAAUGCAAUGGAAAAAAUCUCAGGACAAAGUAAUUGUGACUUGGAGACAUUUCAGAUACUUUUAAAAGAAGUAGUUGAAUAACUCUUCAUUGUUUGAAUAAAUGCAUCUGAAAAAGUCAUGCAUAAAUAGCACCCAGAGCUGAAUGGAGACUAAUGGUAUUUUCUACAGCAGAAAAGACCUGAACUUCAGAAAAAUUCAGAAGAGCUGUACCGGUCAUAUAUAAAAGGCCUAGUGGUAUUUUGCUUCCUUCCUCUUCCUGGUUCUAAAUUUAUAUCCUGCAUCACACCAUUUUCAACAUCUCUACUUUGUGUAGCACAUUGAUGGCUGUUUCCCAUGAAAAAAACAAAUGCAAAGAUCCAGUUGAGUUCGAGGAGCUUGUUUCACAGAUUGUUUGAAACUUGUGGCAACAAAGGCUUACACACUUGGGGGAAAGAUUAUUACAUCAACAGAAACAGAUUGUUUGUUCUCAUCCCAUGGGCUUUGGCUCAGGAAAUGAAAGUUGUUAUAAUAACAUUGGAGUUUUUACUUUUUAUUAAUCAAUGAUGUUUAUACUGAGAUUAACUAAAGUUAGAUGUCUGGCUGUGUGUCAGUGCUAGAAAGCCGUUUCUUGGAAUAUAGGUAUUGUUUCCUUGCCCUUCUAAUUAAACUUAGUAUCAUAAAAUUAGAGUUCCACAUAGAAAAAAUAUACUAGAGAUGUGUAAGAUGACACAUUUCAGUUCUCUGGGAAACUGCAAGACUCAAACUGUGAUGUCUAACACUUUCUCCUUUAAAAUGCUAUGCUGUGUGUGAACCUGUUCAUUGAAAUCCAACAGUUUUUGUACAGAAGAGAAUUUGGAUAUUUUUCUUAAGAAUGAGGACAGCUUAACGAAGUGCAAGUACAUUCAAUAUAUCUCUAAUAAUAAUAUUAUGAAAUAAAUAGGAAAUGCUGGAUUUUUUUUGAGUGGGGGGGGAGGAUGGACAGAUCAUGGAAGAGUAAAUAUGUAGAGCAUGGCAUCAACCACAUAAGUAGGAAGUAGCUCAAACUUUCAUUAUGUUCCAUUUCAAGAUCACUCCUAAGGAAAGGUAUUAAGAACCUUAUGUUGUGUUCUAGUGAUGAAUUUGAUAAUGACAUCUUCUCCAAAUACUAGCAUACAUUGUAUGAAUGAGGGUGUAGAUAGUAUCCACUCAUGAGGUUGCAAUUCAAUUGAUAAAUUUUCAGGCUGCCUCUAAACUGCUUAUAGAGGCAUAUCACUACAUCUGUCAUCUUUCAGAUAGAAGGUACAAUAUGAACACACUAGGAUCACAGGCGAUAAUUCUAAGACUGAAACUUUAGGUGUGUUUAUUAUGAAAAAAAGAUACCUGUAAGGAUAUAUUGAGUUGCACUAAGUUCCUAACAAUUAAUGUUUAGGAGUGUGCUGAAAGGUAGCUUGGCAUUACUAUUCAGUCAAAAAAAUAAAUUUAAGGAUCUUAAAGUUAUUCAUGUUGAAAAUAUAACCAACUGCAUAGCACCAAGCAGUAACAUCAAUUUAUUACAAAAAAGAAAAAAGAAACUUAGUAAAGUUGGAACAAGUAAUGAAGUGAAGGUACACCAUCCUAAACAAAAGAUAUUUAGCAUCUGAAAUUUCUAACGGCACUUUUAUGAUUCCUAAGUUCUUAUAGGAUCAUUGAAAAUCCCAAAGGAAGGUUUUCAAAGCUCUUUCUUCAUUUCCUCAAACCAUUACAUCUGAAUUCAAACCCAGUUAAACAUAACUCAGACCUUUGAUUAAUUACAUUUUCCAUGGCAUUCCUUAAAUGUAAUUUAAAAGGCAGCCCUUUUCCUCUUCAGAUAUAUAUAAUUCUUUUCUAAUUUAAAUGAUAUGUUAAAUUAUAGAUUUUGGAAGGGACCACAGGAUAAUUUAGCCUGAUUCCUUACUGAAGCAAUGAACCAAGAGACAAGUAUUUCCAAGAGAUAGCAGCCAAUCUCUGAGGCCUCCAAGGAAUAACUCCUUCAAGUUAUGUGGUAUAUUUUGAGUCUACCUUAUCUAAAUAUCUGAAAUUUGAAAUAAUCCAAAACCAGAAAAUGUUGCCACCAGCUGCCCACUUUGGGGAAAGGGGCUGCAAAAUCAGAGAGAAUAAAAAAGGAUUAAGGACAGGGCAAGGAAGUUUCCCUUCCUGGCUAUUUUGCUAAAAGAGUGUAAAGUGCUGACAGCCAGGGAAAUGUCUGGGACAUCUGCUUUUUUCAAGGGCCUUGUGUUAGUGGAGUCUUCUCCUUCUUUUCCCCCAUCAAGACUCCUUGCUGGAAGGGUAACUAGCUCUCUAUCCCUCAUUCACUAAUAUAUGCAAAUAGGGGUAUUCCAGAAUCUACAAUCAUCCAAAAACCUUCAAGUCUCAAGCAUUUUAGAUGAAGGUGACACAACUUGUACUCUGCUGAACUGUUUGUCCAAAUAUGUAAUAGGAAUCUUAUGUCUUGUCGUUCGAAAAUAUUGUUUUGGGUUCUUACUCUUUAAAGGCUAAGGGGCAUGUGCAGUUUAACCUGAAACUAUUGUUUUGGCGCUCAUCCUUUGAAGGCUGAAGUCACAUGCAAUCUAAAGUGUUGACAUUUUAAACUCAAAAUAUUUAUCUGGAAUUCAGUUGAAUGAAUAAAAGACAACUUGUGUUUCAUUUUAACUGUUGAGUGUCUUGGUGAAGGGCCUACAGUUAAUAGCUUGCAUUUGGGGGAUGUGAUUAAGAGAUGUUUCCUAUGCACAAAAACAGUGUAAUCAACAUAUGUUUAAUUUGUUUUGUGUCAGUUAAACAGAAAACAAAGCCUGCUCCAUGGUGCAAUAAAGUUAAUACAUGUAUUGUCCUUAAA